AUGGAACCAGACGCUGGAACGUCAAAAGACGCUGAAUCUGAUAGUUCUGUGAUAGAAACUAAAUCCACCCCAAGAAAAUCAACAACUGCUACACCUGAUUCAAGUCAGGCAGUAGUCACUGAGUCUAUCACAACGUCAGAAGCCACAGAAUCUGGUCAAAGUCCUGCAAAAGAAGCUCAAUCUACCCCAAGAAAAUCAACAACUACUGGACCUGAUUCAAGUCGGGCAACAGUCACUGAGUCUAUCACAACGUCACAGGCCACUGGAUCUGGCCAAAGUUCGGUAACAGGAGCUGAAUCUACCCAAAGGAGGGUAACGUAUGAGGGACCUAGCACAGGGAAGGAAACAGAUGCUGGAUCUAUUCCAAGGAGAGUAACAUAUCCUGAAAUUAUCCCAAGUGGGACAAUAGCAGACAUCUCUCAUCCGAGUAGGGCACCAGACGCUGGAACUGAUGUAAGUCGGGCAACACCUAUUGUAUCUACCCCAACAGUCACUCAGUCUACUCCAAGGAGGACAUCAACUGAUAGAUCUGCCCCAAGGAGGACAAUAGCCGUUGGAACUGACCGUACAUCACGAACAGGCGCUGAAUCUACCCCAAGGAGGACAACAGGUGCUGAAUCACGUCCAAGAAGGUCAACAGCUGUUGGAACUGACGUAAGCCAGGCAAAAGUAGAUGGCUCUACACCAAGGAGAUCAGCAGUCCCUGGAGCUGACUCGAGUUGGGUUACGAUUACUGAUUCUACAUCAGCUAUUGAGCCUGAUUUCACUCCGACACCUGCAGAUGCAUAUGCUCCAUGGAGAACAGUAGUCACAGUAACUAACCCAUCAGGAACAGAGGCCACACCUACCCCAAAGAUGGGAACAUAUGCCACAUCUAUCACAAACAUUGAAACAGAUGUUGGAUCUAGCCCAGUGAGACUAACCUAUUCUGUACCUAGCCCAAGUAUGACAACAGAAGCGAUAUCGCAGCGGAGUAGGUCAACAGACGCCAGAUUCAGUCCAAGUGUAUUUAACACAGGGAGAGCAACAGACACCAUGUCUAGCACAUCGAGGGCAACAGAUCUUGAAUCUAGCCAAAGUGGGGCAACAGAUGUCAGAUCUACCACAAGAAGACCAUCAGCCACUGAAAGUAGUCCAAGCAGGACUUCAGCAACAGCUGCCCAAUCAAACCUAAGGAUUCCAUCAGCCACUGGGUCUAGUUCAGGAAGGGCAACAGUUGCCGGAACUCAACCAAGCAGGUUAACAGCUAAUAUGUCUGGGCCUAAUAUGACAACACCUGAAGCAGGAAGCACUGUACAAAGUGAUGUCACUAGAGAAGAGUCUGUUGAACAAGAAAAUGAGUGGGUGCUACACGACCUCUCCAUGUAUCAGUUGACACUGAAAUCACUGGUGAGUUAA